AUGGCUACCCCCAGUGUCCUUACCUUUGAUGUUGAGGGUCGUGCUGUUGACUUUGAGGUCUGGGUCGAUGACCUCCCGCUGUUCCUAAAGUGCGAUAGGGCAGACGGACUCUCUCAGUUCGAUCUCACCUCUGGUGUCUCUCCUGCCCCGCCUACUGAUCCUGACAGCACUGUUCGCUCACAGUGGGCCACACGCGAUGCUGCUGCCCGUCUUGCUGUGCGUCGCCACUUACCGACCACUGAGCGUGCGCAAAGUCAGUACAAGAGUGCUAAGACCUUUCGGUCGGCGCUGCGUCUGCCCCUAGCGGGAGACGCCGCACUGGCAAGGGCAAGGGGGGCAAGGGCGCUGGAGGGGCUGGCGGGGGCGGUGGCGGUGGUGGUGGAGGCAGUGGAGGGGGUGGGGGUGGUGGUGGGAGUGGUGGCAGGGGUGGAGGUGUUGGUGGCAGCAGUGGAGGCGGAGGAGGCGGCGGCGGUGGCGGGGGGAGCGGAGGCGGCGGAGGUGGCGGAGGUGGCGGAGGCGGCGGCGACGGCAGCGGUGGGGCUGGUCGCGGCUCUGCGCAGAGGAGUGGUUCUGGUGGUGGUCCACGCCAACAGCAGCAGCGCACUCGUGAGACCUUUUCCCCCCGCAGCUUCGUGA